ACGCGAGAGCAUUCGUUUUGAGAGUGCUCAUAAUGCGCUCUAGUGCUGUAAUUGGAAAACGCACAAUGAAACAUACAGUAUAGUCAACUGUCAAGUAAUCUCUAUACUUUAUACAUAAUCUUUACCAGUUGAUACUCUUUGCCUGUAGCUGUUAUAAUGCAAAUUGUAGCUAGUGAAUUUAAUAAAAAUCUUUUAGUAGCUUGAAUCUUUGUAGAAAAUCACUACGUAUUUUUACUUGUCAGUGAUUUCAUUAGUCUACAUCAUAGUAAUGAAUUCUGAUCCUAUUCAAUUCAAAAUGGCUUAUGUUAAUAGUACGUAGUAUAGAUAUGAUUUUCUGAAUUCAGCCAUUCAUGGCAAUUUAAUUGAUUACUCUUGUUAUGUUAUCGAGAAUUUAAAUCCCAACGAUGAUGAUGCCUAACGCGACUGAUAACAAUUGGGACCCUUCCUUGAGUAGACUGUUGACAUCAUUAAAGGAAGUACAGUCAGAUGGUGAAGAUGUAGCAUUCCUUAGUGAAUUGUUGCAAUCAAAACAACUGCAUGCUCUUGUCCAAGUCCAUAACAAAAUAGUAGCCAAAGGAAAGGAUGACAAAUUUUAUCCAUUGUUAUCAAAUGCAAUGCAAGUUACUUUAGAAGUUUUAGAAAUGUUUGGUGAAUUGAAAACUGUCUCCAAAGAAUUUCAAGAGCUCCUGAGUUUACUUCAAAAACCACAUUUUCAGGCCAUUUUGUGCACACAUGAUGCAGUAGCUCAAAAAGAUUAUUACCCACAUUUACCAGACAUUCCUCCGGAUGGAGAUGAGGAUGAAGAAACUGUCAAAAUUGUACAAUUAGUUAAAAGUGAUGAACCCUUGGGUGGAGCACUGAGUGCAGAACCAAUUGUGGGUGCCACUAUUAAAACGGACGAGGAGACUGGUAAAAUUGUAAUAGCUCGCGUCAUGCACGGCGGGGCGGCUGAUCGAUCCGGCCUCAUUCAUGCUGGCGAUGAGGUCAUUGAAGUGAACGGUAUAAGUGUAGAAAAUAAAACCCCCGCUGAUGUACUCGAUAUUUUACAAAAUUCUGAGGGAACAAUAACAUUCAAACUAGUGCCUUCUUUUGGCAAAGGUGGGUCUCGGGAGUCAAAAGUGAGAGUGCGAGCUCUUUUUAAUUAUAACUCGGAUGAAGAUCCAUACAUUCCUUGUAAGGAGGCAGGUCUUAAUUUCAAAAAGGGCGAUAUCUUGCAUAUUGUUUCUCAGGAUGAUGCAUACUGGUGGCAGGCUCGGCGAGAAAACGAUAAAGUUAUGAGAGCCGGUUUGAUACCGUCUCGAGCCUUGCAGGAAGGUCGGAUUAUACAUGAGCGGCAAAGUGAUCCACAAUCUACGGACGGCAAACCAGCUCUAUGUUCACCAACAAAUGGCAACACGGACUGUAGCCCAAAAACACCUUGUUCACCGACUCCAAACGCGACUGCGCUUCUUCCUUGCAAAUCUACGCCUAAAGUGAAGAAAGUCAUCUACGAUAUAAAAGAGAAUGAUGAUUUUGACCGGGAGAUGAUACCAACAUAUGAAGAAGUGGCAAGAUUAUAUCCAAGACCGGGUUUUAUUCGACCGAUUGUGUUGGUUGGGGCACCGGGCGUUGGUAGAAAUGAAAUGAGGCGAAGACUCAUCGCUACCGAUCCGGAAAAGUAUGUCACACCGAUUCCAUAUACAUCGAGACCAUUGAAGCCCAGCGAGCAAAAUGGGAAGGAAUACGUUUUCGUUACCCGCGAGAAGAUGGAACAAGAUAUUACCGAUGGAAAAUUCAUCGAACACGGCGAGUACAAAGGGAAUUUGUAUGGGACGUCGGCGGAAAGCGUGGAGACAAUCGUUAAUUCUGGUCGUGUAUGCGUCUUAAGUCCGCAUUGGCAAGCGCUGAAGAUGCUUCGCACGACUCGCUUACGUCCCUACAUUGUGUUCGUAAAGCCGCCGUCAUUUGAACGCCUGGUUGAAACCAGAACGAAUGCCAACGCACGCUCUACCUUUGAUAAAGAAAGUUCACGGGCUUUUACAGAAGAAGAGUUUCACGACAUCAUUCGUUCGUCGACGCGUAUCAACUUCCUCUACGGCUACAUGUUUGAUGAGGAGAUUGUGAAUGAAGAUCUGGCAAUUGCAUUAUCGCAGCUCCUAAAAACCUCAUGGAGGGUCCAAUCUGAGCCUCUUUGGGUUCCUGCUUCUUGGGUACAGUAAAUAAAAUAAUAUCCUAUCCGAAUACCUAAACAUGCUAAAUUCACUUUCGUCUUGGGAACUGUUUAAUGUAUAUAAAUGUACUUGUCACAUUUUGGAACUGGUAUUUUCACAUGCUAUGUAAGGUGCCAUUUCUGAUACGAAAUUUAAAUUAUGAUUGUAUAUCUCUCAUAUGUUAAUUUUGGAUUUAAAGUUAUUAUUAACAGUGCCCUGUUUAGAAAUAAAUAUUGAGGAAAAAAGAAACACCCGGUUUUGGUAGGCAUAUCGCUUUAAGUCGCUUGAUUGUUAAAUUGGCAGCGUGACAGGUCAAAUAUGGCCGGUUAUUACGGACUUUCGGCUGCUAUUCUAUUAUUCCUAAUGUAUACCAGAAAUGCCACUUUAAAAUUUAUUCAUUGAUAUAUUGGCUAAAUUCACAGUACUCCUGAAAAAGGUAAAGGAGACUUUAUUGAAAGACCAGUAGUAAAAUUUUUAACAUUAUUUCGCUUUUAAGAAAUUUCACAAUUUGUUGCAUUGAGAGGGCAAAAAGGUUUCAAUAAACACUUAGAUUUAAUUCCACAAAAUAAGUUAUAAUAGACAAUAUCACAAUCUAAAAUAAUUACUCCAUUAGUUGAUAAGUUUAUUUAUAUUAACGUAGCUGCACUAGUCGCAACUUCCUAUUAUAAUUGCUCAAAUAUAACCAAGCGUUGAAAUUUUGCAGUCGUGCGUUGGGUUCAUUAGAACCGGUAAUUUAUGGCCAUACAAUUGAUAUUCUAAAGAAAUUAAUCUCAGUCUAGUCAAUGAAAUUAAGUUUAUCUUAGUAGAUUUAAGUUUUACAUGUGCCUGUUAUUUAACGCUUAAAAGGUCAUUAUUGUUGUGUAUUUUUGAGUUGUGCAAAAGUUAGUGAUGUUGUCGUUAGAUAACAUAGGAUUAAUGUUAGUUUAAGUAAUGUGAAACAAAUAACCAAAAAAGCGCGCUGUCAAGCAAAGUUGCAAUACUAAAUAUAACAAACGUAGGUAGAUCUUAUGAUUUAUAUAAAAAAGUAUUAGUCGUUAAAGUGUUCUAGUCCAAACUUAUAUCGAUCAUUUUGACGUUAGUGGUCCCUAUUGACAGUAGAUGUUAAUAAUAAUAAAGAAAUACCUUUAUAUAUAUAAUUCUUUCAUCGAGUAGUAUAUGCAAACAUAGCAGUCUCAUUUAAAAUAAAAAGAUGAAUGUAUCUGGCAUUAAAGUACUCUCUGGCAUAAAUGUGAAUUAUAUUAAAUAACAAAAAAUUGCCAGGCUAAGCGAUCUAUGAAAAAAUAUAAAAUAAAUACUAAUCCGACUUAAUGUAUCAUGACUACGCUCUAGCGUGCUUAAAUAUCGUGUAUUCAAUCCCAUUUCUAUAGAAACGCUUAUUUUUGUUGCGUACAUUAUGUAACAAUGACAUAUUUUUUUUAUGGCUCUGGCACGGUUUGUGCAUUAGCCAGCGUCAAGUAUAAGAUUUUUUUAUAAUUCGUGUUUGCCUUAGACCGUGUUCUC